GGGCAGGACCCCAGGCAGAGGGCAGAGGCACAUCGGGCAGGACUCCGGGCAGAGGCACAUCGGGCAGGACUCCGGGCAGAGGCACAUCGGGCAGGACUCCGGGCAGAGGCACAUCGGGCAGGACUCCGGGCAGAGGCACAUCGGAUUACCAGGCAAAGCAGCAAGCAGCGGGCCACCAGGCGGAGCAGCAGGCACCGGGCCCCCGGGCGGGGCGACAGGCACCGGGCCCCCGGGCGGGGCGACAGGCACCGGGCCCCCGGGCGGGGCGACAGGCACCGGGCCCCCGGGCGGGGCGACAGGCACCGGGCCCCCGGGCGGGGCGACAGGCACCGGGCCCCCGGGCGGGGGCGACAGGCGCCGGACCCCCAGGCGGAGCGGUGGGCGCCGGACCCCCAGGCGGAGCGACAGGUCUCGGGCCCUCAGGCGGAGCGGCGGGCGCCGGACCCCCAGGCGGAGCGACAGGUCUCGGGCCCCCAGGCGAAGCGGCGGGCACCGAGUCACCAGGCACGACAGUGGGCUCCGAGUCAACUGGCACGACCGCUGGCACUGGGUCAGACAUUGGAUCGUCUGGCUGGACAGCGGGCAUCGGGUCACCAGGCAUCAGGUCAUUUGGCUCGACAGUGGGCACCGCGUCAUCUGGCAAGGCAGUGGGCUCCGAGUCAACAGGCACGACAGUGGGGCACCGAGUCACCAGGAUCGUCAGGCUGGAUC